AUGCCCGAGGUCAACGUUCCACAGCAGCAGCAGCCCAUGGAGGCCCCCGCCGACUCCGCUGUCGUUACUCAGCAACCUGGGGCACAGGAGCAGAUGAACACAGAAGACAUGAGCCUGCGUGGUGGUUGCGGCGAGACGAUCGACUGCUGCGGCAUUACCGAGAGCUGCGGCUGCUGCUAA